AUGCAGUCAUCUAAGAACAUUCAAGCUUCAGUGGAGCAGGAGAUAAAAAGCACAGGCUCUGAUCAGGUUGCGGUUCCACCUGGGGGUUCAAAUCUUCUUCUUUUCAAUCUUCCGGCUUGUGCUAAAUGGAUCUUUGGUUCCGUACUCUUUCUUGCUAUACCAGUAUACAAGAGGAUGUUGAGAAUCGAAGGUGUGUUGGAGAAGGAAGUAAUUGAUAUGGUGGAGAUAGUUAAGAAGGUAGCAGACGUAACAGAGAAGGUUUCUUCUGAUGUGGCCGAAGCACUACCGUCUGAUAGCGACCUAAAAAAAAUUGUUAUCGAGGUGGAAGGCGAGGCAGAAGUGGUGUGCGUGGAUGCAGAGAAGACUGAAACUUUCAUUCACAAGGUCUAUGAUUUCAAGGAAAAGAGUGAAGCUUGGUUGGAUAAAAUUGCUGAGGAUGGGAGCUGAUUAUGCCUGAUGAGGGAAGCCAGAAGGAGGAGAAGGAACACAAUCUAAGGAAGAUGUGUCAAAGCCCUCUG